CCCUCCGCAGCUUCCCAGUCCCCGGCGCGCGCAGUCUCGUCUCCAUGGCGACGCGGCGUCUACGGCUCCUCGCUCCCAACACCGAGCCGACCAGGAGCUGGGCUAGCAGCUUUCUGUGUCAACCCUUCAAAGCUAGUCGGCGUGAGAGGGCCACAGGCGGGUAAGAAGCGCCGCAUCGACCACGGUCGCCCUCUCCCCAUCCCAGCGAGCAGCCUGACCCAGUCCUCACCUCGGGCUCCCCCAGGCCCGGCGCCUGAGCCCGCAAACUUCUCUGCCUACUCCAGGUUCAGGCUCUGGCGCUCCAACGCAGCCGAGGCGGCGCGCGAGGAGGAAUCAUCUAGACAAGACAGAAGCUGUAAAGGCACCAAAAUAAGGACAGAAUGGCCGAUUGCUAGUGUUUGAUCCAAAGGGUGAAAUGAGCAAAAAUGUAGUCAUUACAGAGCAGGAGAAAAAUAAUGAAUGUUCCCCUGAGGAUACCGAUGAUAAGUUGUCUGAAUCAACACAUGAUGAUGGUGAGGAUGAUACCAGUGAUGAAGAUAAUGAGGAAGACAGUAACCCUAAUAAGGAUACUCAUGCCCCAUUAGAGUUAAUGACAGAAAGUAAACCUAGUGUACCUGCAAAUGUUUCAGAAUAUGUGACACACAAGCAAGAACAAUUAACCGAGUCUGAAGAAUUUCUGAAUGUUUUCCAGUUCCUGAGAGCAGAAAUGGGCCAAGACUACCGUUUGGCAAAAAAAUUAUGUCAGAUGAUCCUAAUCUAUGAACCAGAAAAUCCGGAGGCCAAGGAGUUUUUCUCACUUAUUGAAGAAAUGCUGCUGAUGGAGAAAGCUCAAAAUCUGGAGGAAGAUGAUGAAGAGAGUGAAGAAGACAGUAGCGGUGAGGGUGAAGGGGAGAGCAGUGAGGACCCAAGUGAAGAAAGCUCUGAUGAAUGUGAAGAUGGGUGAUGAGAGUUGCUGCUAUCGUUUAAUCUUCAUGUGUGUUCAUUACUGUAUACUAUGGAAAUAUAAAGAAGAGAGCUGCA